CAGUGAAGGCAUAAUAUGCUGUACAGUACAGUUUGUUUUUUAAUAUUCUUUACUAUAGAGCCACACACAUACCUACUUAUCCUAAAAACAGAGGAUCUACCUCUGAAAAAAAUGACUGGCAAUAAAAGUGGAGGCCAUAACUCCAUCAGCAAAGCAGUACUGGGUUUUCUCUUUCUCAUCUGUUUUCCACAGUGUCAAUCCAGUCCUAACCGUCACAACAGCAAACUCCUUUUAAAUACAUCCAGAGAGAUUUUAAAGUACUCUGACAUAGCUCAACAAAUUAUAGAUCUAGCAGUCUAUGGCAAAGCCCAGAAUCGUUCCUAUGAGAAACUGGCAAUGUUCACAGACACCAUAGGAAACCGAGUCAGUGGAUCUGAGAACCUGGACCUGGCCAUCAAAUACAUGUACAAUGCUCUGACGAAGGACGGCCUGGAGAACGUUAAUCUAGAACCGGUGAAGAUCCCUCACUGGGUGCGGGGGAAGGAGAGCGCUGUAAUGCUUUUACCGAGAAACCACACGCUAGCUAUACUUGGACUGGGUAGUAGCGUAGGAACACCCGUAGAAGGUAUAGAGGCAGAAGUUUUGGUGGUGGAGUCUUUUGAUGAGCUCAAGAAGAGAGCGAGUGAGGCUAAAGGAAAAAUCGUAGUGUAUAACCAGCCGUUUGUCAGCUAUGGGGAGACUGUAGCUUACCGGGCGUCAGGGGCUUCAGAGGCAGCGAAAGUUGGAGCCGUGGCAUCCCUCAUUCGUUCUGUAACUCCAUUCUCCAUCAACAGCCCUCACACUGGCUGGCAGUGGUAUCAGCCUGGAGUGGCUCAGAUCCCCACUGCCUGCAUCACAGUUGAGGAUGCCCAGAUGAUGGCCAGGAUAGCCCGCAGAGGCCAGAGGAUUGUAGUGCGUCUGACUAUGGGGGCUCAGAUGCACCCAGAUGUUGACUCAUUCAACACUGUGGCUGAAAUCACAGGCAGUACGCAUCCUGAACAGGUGGUGUUGAUCAGUGGACACCUGGACAGCUGGGAUGUGGGGCAGGGGGCUAUGGAUGAUGGAGGUGGGGCCAUCAUUUCGUGGGAGGCACUUUCUCUGAUCAGAGACUUAGGGCUGCGUCCCAAAAGGACACUGAGGGCGGUUAUGUGGUCUGCAGAGGAGCCAGGAGGAGUUGGAGCUGCUCAGUACUUUGAACGUCACAAGACAAACAUCUCGAACUUUGACUUGGUAAUGGAGUCUGACUUGGGCACCUUCAGGCCCGUGGGACUGCAGUUCACAGGCAGUGACAAAGCUCGGGCGAUCAUGCAGGAGGUGAUGAAACUGUUGGCUCCCAUCAAUGUCACGUCUCUUGAGCGGGAAGGAGAAGGCACAGACAUUAACAUGUGGAUGCAGGCUGGAGUUCCAGGUGCCAGUCUGCAUACUGCAGAUCAAAGGUAUUUCUGGUUUCAUCACAGCGAUGGGGACACGAUGAGCGUUCAGGAUCCAGAGGAGAUGAACCUGUGUUCAGCUGUGUGGGCCGUAGUGGCUUAUGUGGUGGCUGACCUGGAGGAAAUGCUCCCUAGAUAACAAAUCACUCUGAAACUACAAAUCAAACCUUUCUCUGUCAGAACACAGCAACAACCCUGUGAUUUAACUUGAGCUACAACUAUGAUCACUGCAGUGUUUGCCACUGUUCUCUGUCUUGUGUAAUUUUCUUUUAUUUCUAGUGGGUAGUUUCUUUUUAUACUGUAAAUUAAGAUAUCGUUCCAGUCUGAUAAUUUGUAAGAUUUAAGCAAACCAUAAUGUGAUGGUGUACAUAAAAUGCUUUGAAUAAAAGCAUACCGCUUAAAGUAUCCUGUAAAUUUAGGUUGCAGAGCCUUGGUUGCACACUUUAACAUAAACCACAAAACACAGUGAUGCUGAUAUGAUGUCAUAUAGUAGCCUGAAUCAUCAGAUCUCAUGAUCCCAGCAGUUCUCAUUUCUAAAAACAAACAUGUGGUCAUGACGUAAUGAAUACGCUUUUAGGCAGUCAUCCUUCCUCUAUAUAUCUAUUAAGCAAGUUUUCAGAUGGAGAAGUAGGGAUAUGACAUACUGUUAGGAAAAUAAGUAUUUCAACACCUUGCUAUUUUGCUGGUUCUCCCUCUUAGAAAUCGCGGAGGGGUCUGAAAUUGUCAUCGUAGGUGCAUGUCCACUGUGAGAGACAUAAUCUAAAAAAAAUCCAGAAAUCACAAUGUAUGAUUUUUUAACUAUUUAUUUGUAUGAUGCAGCUGCAAAUAAGUAUUUGAACACCUGAGAAAAUCAAUGUUAAUAUUUGGUACAGUAGCCUUUGUUUGCAAUUACAGAGGUCAGACGUUUCCUGUAGUUUUUCACCAGGUUUGCAGGACACACUGCAGGAGGGAUUUUGGUCCAAUCCUCCACACAGAUCUUCUCUAGAUCAGUCAAGUUUCUGGCCUGUCACUGAGAAACACGGGGUUUGAGCUCCCUCCAAAGAUUCUUUAUUGGGUUUAGGUCUGGAGACUGGAUAGGCCAAGCCAGAACCUUGAUAUGCUUCUUACAGAGCCACUCCUUGGUUAUCCUGGCUGUGUGCUUCGAGUUAUUGUCAUGUUGGAAGACCCAGCCUCGACCCAUCUUCAAUGCUCUAACUGUGAGGUUGUUCCCCAAACUCUGGCAAUACAUCCUCUCCUUAAUACAGUGCAGUCACCCUGUCCCAUGUGCAGAAAAACACCCCAAAGCAUGAUGCUACCACCCCCAUGCUUCACAGUAGGGAUGGUGUUCUUGGGAUGGUACUCAUCACCCUUCUUCCUCCAAACACGUUUAGUGGAAGUAUGACCAGAAAGUUCUAUUUUGGUCUCAUCUGGCCACAUGACUUUCUCCCAUGACUCCUCUGGAUCAUCCAAAUGGUCAUUGGGAAACUUAAGACGGGCCUGGACAUGUGCUGGUUUAAGCAGGGGAACCUUCCGUGCCAUGCAUGAUUUCAAACCAUGACGUUUUAGUGUAUUACCAACAGUAACCUUGGAAACGGUGGUGCCAGAUCUUUUCAGGUCAUUGACCAGCUCCUCCCGUGUAGUUCUGAGCUGAUUUCUCACCUUUCUUAGGAUCAUUGAGAUCCCACGAGGUGAGAUCUUGCAUGGAGCCCCAGUCCAAGGGAGAUUGACAGUCAUGUUUAGCUUCUUCCAUUUUCUAAUGAUAAUUGCUCCAACAGUGGACCUUUUUUCACCAAGCUGCUUGGCAAUUUCCCCAUAGCCCUUUCCAGCCUUGUGGAGGUGUACAAUUUUGUCUCUAGUGUCUUUGGACAGCUUUUUGGUCUUGGCCAGUAGUUGGAUUCUUACUGAUUGUAUGGGGUGGACAGGUGUCUUUAUGCAGCUAAUGAUAUCAAACACUGCAUUUAAUUUAGGAUAAUAAAUGGAGUGGAGGUGGACAUUUUAAAGGAAGACUAACAGGUCUUUGAAUGUCAGAAUUCUAGCUGAUAUAGAGGUGUUCAAAUACUUAUUAGCAGCUGUAUCAUACAAAUAAAUAGUUAAAAAAAUCAUACUUUGUGAUUUCUGAUUUUUUUUAGAUUGUCUCUCACAGUGGACAUGCACCUACGAUGACAAUUUCAGACCCCUCCAUGAUUUCUAAGUGGGAGAACUUGCAAAAUAGCAGGGUGUUCAAAUACUUUUUUUCUCACUGUAUAAUGUUAUGCAUUUACAUUAAUGUAAUAGAGUUCCAUCAUAUUGAAGUUAGAUAUAGUAAUGCUAAUUUUAGUCUUCUUAUAAUGAAAAAUACAAGCUUAUUCAAUGUAAUUGUAUUAUAUACUGGUUUACAUGUUUAAUGGGGACUUAAAACAUGGAAAUAACUUUGGGCUUUUAUAC